UACAUUGCCAUGGAUUCAUUUCUUGCUAUCUCAUUGGUUUUCUGUUUUGCUAUUUCUGCCUGUGCACAAUCCAAAGGUGGUGGAGGUCGUGGUGGAAGAGGACCUGGUGGACCCCCACCUCAGGGAGGAUGGGGAGGCAAUGGUCGACCCCCACCUCAAAGAGAUCCGCAUGGAGGAUGGGGAGGUCCUCCACCUCCAGGAGGACCUCAUGGGAGAUGGGGAGGCCAUGGUGGUCCCCAUGGUGGGCCUGGUGGUCAUAGAGGACCGCAUGGACCACCUAAUAUUUAUGAUAUGUUCCCAGCCUGUGCAAGUUUGGCAGAAUCUAUGAGAACUAAGCAUUGCGAAAUGAUGCAAAGUGGACAAAUUGGCCCUAGAAAUUGCAAAGAGCAAAAUCAUAAAAAAUGCAUGCAAAGAGAUAUGGAAGCAGUGCGAUGCGAGAUUACAGAAGAAACACCAGAGGAGUGUAUGGACCAAAUAAUUGCAUUCAUACAAGGCGAUAUGUGCAAUGGAGGGGGAGGAGAAGAAACUGACGGGGAGCCUUUGGACCCCACCACGAACGAAAGAGCGAUUUCUCCAAGAAAAUAAUUACAGAAAACUAAAGGAACUAAAUAUUUAUUUUCUGAUUUGCUAAUUUCAAAUAAGCGUUUGAAAUUUUGCUAAUUUCAAAUAAGCGUUUGAAAUUAUUGAUAUAUUAUAAAGUUACAAAAAAUUAUUUAUGGUUUUGCUUCAUGUACUUUAAGUCAUGUGAUAUUAGUACAAGUGCCAUUUAUGUAAGUACUUUGUAAGCUUGGUUAACAAAAAGUUGCAGUUUUUAUUUUUAUAUUAUCUUUUCUGUAACCCUUUAUCUGUUAUUAAAGAUUCUUGUUCUAUCUUUAA